AUGACUAAGGGCAUGGGUGUUACGACAACCACGACAACGCCGCCACCGCCUAUUGUGAUCAAAAAUUAUGAUGGCAUCAAAUACGGCCUCAUUCUUGUUGGCCUCAUUCUGGCUUUGUUGUUCUUGCAGACAAAUCGUGUGCUGGCUCUGUUUGUGAUGGCAAUGGCUUGUGCCUCAGUAUUGUCAUUCCUACAAAUAAGGCCUGGACCGGACAUUAUUGUGGUCUGGUUGAAUCUCGACUAUAUUUUUGAGUUGAUCUUUGUGAUGAUGCUCGUCGCAGUUACGGCGGAUACUGGGUUCUACAACCUUGUAUCUUUCACCAUUUAUAAGGUCUGCUUAGGCUCCAUAUUUGGCAUUACUUUUAUGAUGUGCGUGUGCGCGUUCACCUUGUCCGUGUUUAUGGACAGUGUGGCAGCUAUAUUAUUCUUGACGCCGGUAGCAAUAAGGACCGUGGAGCAGGGGCAGAUGAACCCCACACCAGUGCUGUUGUCUAUGAUUUUGUUCUGCAACAUGGCAAGCGUGCUCGACGCUGACUACAACUAUGUCAACUACAAUAUCAUAAAGGGCUACGACAAGUGGCAAGCUACGGAAACCGCAUUUGAAGAUACUAAGUUCCAUCAGAAAGUAAUGCCUGGUGUUAUCGCAUCGGCUGCGGCCACGACUGUGUAUCUUAUUCUAGUGUUCCGGUUGCUGAAGCCACAUAUAUACUCUCUUCCAGAAGUAGCAAUGUUGAUUCAUCGUCAAACACUCCUUCGCAUCACUGCCUCUGGCAUCAAUAGAAACAGCAAAAACUGGGACCCCAUCAGAGCUCAGCUAAUCGAGUGGAAUCAUGAGAUUGAUCAGGAGCGGCUGCAUAGACUUACUGACAUCCAUCCUCCACGCGUUAGAGAACGCUUCAACAAGAUCACUGAUGUAAUUCUUCUCAUGAAGGUUAUCCUCGUGGUCGUUGGAUUCUUCGUGAUGUUAACUCUGAGACGGUACAACGUAAACGGAUUAGGUCUCGUAUCUAUAGGGAUGUUCGUCGUAGCAUGUACGGGAUAUUUGUUAAUUUUCUUAAAAAUGGAAGAUUUCAAUAGCUUGCUAAGGAGAUUACAAUGGUGUACGAUUAUAGGCUUGAUUUCUAUAUUUUUUAUAGAAAGGUCCCUUGAAACAAUGCGUUUGAAUAAAAGAAUAUUUCUAUUCUUAUCGGGAUUACUCCCUGAAGAUAAAUCUGCUGUUCCUUUCACUGUUAUGAGGUACUUGCAAUGGGGAUCUUUUGCAAUGAGUGCAAUUUUCAAUAAUUUCGGUUCAGUGACUACAAUGCGUCUUGUGGCCAGGAGGUUUGGAGACAUGUUACCAGAUCGUGUAGCAGAUUUGGUGUAUGCCGUCACGUUUGGUUGCAAUGUCGGAGGUUCAGCCACUGUUCUGGGGACCGGUGUGUCGAUCGCGUGCAUUGCGUCUGCCUGGCAGCAGGGCUACCGCGUCAGCGCCUGCAAGUACAUGAUAUUCAUGUUGCCCAUCACCCUGAUUAACAUGCUUUGCGUAUAUUUCAUCUGGGCAAUUCUUGGAUCUUAGUAAACGUGAAACUAUGCUACGGAUAUUUCUGUUACUUACUAAUUUAAGGUUACGACGUAGUGCCGCCUUUUGUCUCACAUAUAUGAUUAUAUCUUUUUUUAUGAUAUAAUGUUUAUCUACCUAUUAACCCGUUAUUCAGAUCCUUGUUCAGCCAAAAAGCAGCGACGUAAUUUUCAUUAGUACCAACAUAAGAAUAAAGUUUUGUUUUCUUAAUACGUUUGAUCAUAAAUGAACAUUUUGCUUAGCUUGGCUUGACUUUGAUCAUAAUGUAAAGACCUUGUGUAGAUUAAUUUGGUGUACAACAAAAAACCACUUAAGGGUGUUAGAACUCUAGCUUAGAGACAAUAGAUGGCGUAAGUGUAGCUACGCCAUUCGGUCAUCGAAAUUAUUAUUUUUGUCAUAAAUACACUAAGUUAAAUGAGCUCUAUACAAUUUGCCACUACUUGAAAGUCUAGAUAACCUACAAACAAUAAAAAAUAUUAUAAAUCCUUCAUAUUUUCUUCAGGUUUACUCUGGGUCUGAAGUUAUUGUCAACUACUUAACUGUUAUUAUUCUUACUUAUUAUUAGAAAUUACAUGUAAAAAAAGUUUUGCGAAGGUUUAUUUGUAUCAAAAAGAGGACGUAAUUUCAGACCCAGUGUAAACCUGAAGAAAAUAGGAAGAAUUUGUAAUAUUUUUUAUUGUUUGUAGGUAUUGAAGUAGUGGCAAUGUAGUAAAAAUGCGCCUAGACGGUUUUUAGUAUCGGGUGAAGAUAUACAGUCAUAAGCAAUAUAAUGUACCCACUUUAGGACUCUGUCGCACUAACAUAUUUGACAUUUAGUGAGACUUACAGUUCAAUUUGUCAAAAAUGUUAAUGUGACAUGGUACCAAAGUGUUUACAUAUUAAUGCUCGUGACCGUACACGUUUGUCCUUAGUUUGACUUAACGGCUUGUUAUAGAUAUAACAAUAGGGGAUAGUAGAAGUAAGAAAGAAAAUCAAUUUUUUUAGAAAUAAGUAGUUAAGUAGGUACACAGAUAGAGGAAUGAACAAAAUCAUUUUAAACCUUAUCUCUAAUAAAAAGGGACACCAGCUCAGCAAAAUGUUAUGCCACUCCGAUAUUGAGGGAGUGCCACAAAACUGAUUUCUAAAGGAUUACCAGAAAAGUCUUGUCUAUCACAUCACAUAAUAUAAUGCAACGUUAUGUUAUAUAGCAUCACGA